AUGGGGACUCACUCUCAGUUUGUGGAAAGCAGCCUUUUGCGUGAGCAAAAUCCUGGAUUGUUUGGAGCUUUCCAAGGAAGCUCCUUGGCCAACAACCCAAAUGAAUGCAACCCUGGGCAGCGCGGAGACCGCACGAUACCUGGAGUUACUGUGAAAGACAUUAACCAGCAGGAGUUCGUCAGAGCUCUGGCAGCCUUCCUCAAAAAGUCCGGGAAGCUGAAAGUCCCCAAAUGGGUGGACACAGUCAAGCUGGCCAGACAUAAAGAGCUUGCCCCCUAUGAUGAGAACUGGUUCUACACACGAGCUGCCUCUACAGCACGGCACCUGUACCUGCGUGGUGGUGCCGGGGUUGGCUCCAUGACCAAGAUCUAUGGAGGACGGCAGAGAAACGGUGUCAGGCCCAGCCACUUCAGCAGAGGCUCCAAGAGUGUGGGCCACCGCAUUCUCCAAGCCCUGGAGGGACUGAAAAUGGUGGAAAAGGACCAAGAUGGGGGCCACAAGCUAACACCUCAGGGACAGCAGGGACAGAGAGAUCUGGACAGGAUUGCCGGACAGGUGGCAGCUGCCAACAAGAAGCAUUAG